AUGACCCCCCAACCCAGACCGAUCCCCGCCCUCUAUUGCGUCUACAUCCUCCGCUCCACCGUCCGCCACUCCUCCCUCUACAUCGGCUCAACACCCAACCCACCCCGCCGCCUGAGCCAGCACAACGGGGUCGUCAAAGGCGGAGCAGUGCGCACAUCACGAAACUCCCUCCGGCCGUGGGAGAUGGUCGCUUUGGUCUCUGGUUUUGCCAGCUCAACUGCCGCUUUGAAGUUUGAAUGGGCUCUAACAAACCCACACACAUCAUUGCACAUACCCUCUGAAUCUCGCCUUGCGUUUUCUACCCAGCGGAAGAGGAAUGGGCAGCCGAAGAGACCGCCGAAGAGUUUGAGUUCGAUUCUGUCAAACUUGCACUUGUUGUUGUCGGUGCCGAGUUUUGCGAGGUGGCCGUUGAGGGUGCAUUUUUUUAAGAGGGAUGUGCAUGCUGCGUGGGGGAGGUGGUGUGGGAAGGUGGAGAGGGAGUUGAGGGGGAGUUUACCGGUUGUGACGGAUUUUGGGGAGGAUGAGGGGGCUGUGGUGGCGAGGGCGUCGGCUUCGGAACCGUUGGGUGUGGUAGGGGAGGGGUUGGAUGGGGAUGGGGGAGGGGAGGAGGUGCCGACUUGGGGGAUAUAUGGCUUGCCGUUGGAUUAUGCGCCGCUUAAGGAGUAUGUGGCGAAGGGGCAGGAUAUCUUUGAGUUUGAGAGGCAGGGGAGUUGCGUGGUGUGCAAGGAGGAGAUUGACCCUGAGGAGGGGGGACUACAUGCUGUUUGCUCGAAUGAGGGGUGUGAAGGGGUGGGACAUUUGAGGUGUUGGGGGAGGUAUUUGCUCAAAAGCGAGGAGGGAGGUGGAGAGGGGGCAAUAUUGCCGGUGGGAGGGAGGUGUCCGAGGUGUAAGGGUGAGGUACAUUGGGGGACGAUGAUGAAGGAGUUGACGUUGAGGGUUAGGGGGCAGAAGGAGGUGGAAAAUUUGCUGAAGGUGAAGAGAAAAAGGGCACCAAGGAAAAAGACGGCGAAGACGAAGGAAACUCGUGAAGAGGAUGGUUGA